AUGAUAUUACUCAGCCUUCUAUUUUGCAUGCUUCUUCCAUUAUUUUUCAUCAUGCACGGUUCUGCAUCGGUCCAAAUUGACAGUGAACAAGAUCAGGUUGUUCCUACAUUUUGCAGGCUGAACAGCUUUAAAUCGGAACUUGAGUCGGUAAUCAAGCGAAUCGAUGAUCUUAUCAAACAGUUCGACGAAGGGACGGAAGUAAGCAGUGAUCUCCUCAUAAAAAAUCGUGUUCGUAUGUCAUUUGCCGAGGCACUGGAUGGAGUGAGAGUUGAUACCGAAACGAAUAAGCAAAUACUCAUAUUUAAACAUGCCAAGUCAUUAUUAAGUGUGUUUAGAAGCAGUUUGUUGGUGCAGUUCGCCAUGAUAGUCUAUAGACCAACUCAUGACGAUAUCAAGAACAACAUCCACCAGCAAAUCACCGAGUUGGAAGAGUUAUCAAAGCUUUUAAUACAAAUGAUUGAUACAAAUGGUCAAUCCUGUGAUCUUAACCACAUAAAAAAACAAUUAUUGGCCGAUGAAGUUUUAUCAUUUUUAUGGGAAGAGCUCAAAAUGGUUAAUUCAGUAAUUGGCGACAUGUUCAAGGGAAAGGUAUUCAAACAAAUAUUUAGUUAUAUUUGUGAUACAAAAUUGUACCUACAAAAAUGUCACAACCGUCUCAAUAAUAUUAUUUAUUGCGAGGAUAAAGUACAAACAUCUAGCAUUGUGUGUUCGAUUGAGAGCUGUAAAAAACCGCUCUUUGCGUAUUUGGUUGAUAAUCCAAAUGAAUAUUUUUGCUUGUCUUGUUCUGCGGUGAUAAUCAGUGGUAACAAUGAUGAUCAAAGCCGGCCACCGUAUUGUAAGCGAAUAAAAAAUUUUUAA